ACGGGGGAGGCGCUCUGGGUUGUGUUGAUGGAGGUAUUGUGUCACCUCCUCCUACCCGGACCCAGACUCCUGCCAAGGGGCUCCAGGCUGCGGCCCAAACCCCACGCACGGGGUUGAUUCCUGCUCCCCAACAACUUGUGUAGCCAGACAUGGGAAAGUCUUUUUCUCAUUUGCCUUUGCAUACAAAUAAAGAAGAUGCUUACGGUGGAGUCGCAUCAACUGAUAAUAUGAGGAAUGGAUUGGUUAAUAAUGAAGCCCAUAAUGAAGAUGGAAGAAAUGGAGAUGUCUCUCAGUUUCCAUAUGUGGAAUUUACAGGAAGAGAUAGCGUCACUUGCCCCACUUGUCAAGGAACAGGAAGAAUUCCUAGGGGGCAAGAAAACCAGCUGGUGGCAUUGAUUCCAUACAGUGAUCAGAGAUUGAGGCCAAGAAGAACAAAACUGUAUGUGAUGGCUUCUGUGUUUGUCUGUCUGCUGAUUUCUGGAUUGGCUGUGUUUUUCCUUUUCCCUCGCUCUAUUGAUGUGAAAUACAUUGGUGUAAAAUCAGCAUAUGUCAGUUAUGAUUUUCAGAAGCGUACAAUAUAUUUAAAUAUAACGAACACACUAAAUAUAACAAACAAUAACUAUUACUCUGUUGAAGUUGAAAAUAUCACUGCACAAGUUCAAUUUUCAAAAACAGUUAUUGGAAAGUCCCGCUUAAACAACAUAACCAAUAUUGGUCCACUGGAUAUGAAACAAAUUGAUUACACAGUACCGACUAUCAUAGCAGAGGAAAUGAGUUACAUGUUUGAUUUCUGUACACUGCUAACCAUCAAAGUGCAUAACAUAGUACUCAUGAUGCAAGUCACUGUGACAACAACAUACUUUGGACACUCUGAACAGAUAUCCCAGGAGAGGUACCAGUAUGUCGAUUGUGGAAGGAACACAACAUAUCAGUUGGGGCAGUCUGAAUAUCUAAAUGUGCUUCAGCCAAAACAGUAAAAACUGAAAGAUACAGCUGGAGAAGAAAAAAAUACCUAUUGAUAUUUUUUAAACUGAAGGAUAAGGUAUUUACUUCUUGAGAGGAGAUCUUAAAUUGAACAAAACUAAAGUUUACACACCUAUUGUAAGGAUACAACUAAAAGUAUGUGGACUUGCAAGUUAUUGCAACUCUCCACUCUGUGUUCAUAUUUGUACCAGGAUCUUUUACUUGAAUCUGAAUUUAUUGAUUGGUUUUCUUCUCUCCCCACCUCCUAUGCCCAUUCCUCAAAAGGGAGAACUUAGACUUCUCCUACAGGACAAUAAAUCUUCAAAAUUCACAGCUCCAUCACUACUAAAAACAUAAUUUUGGUAAUGAACAUAAUUUGAGAAACUUUAUUUCUUAAUGUUUUUAUAGACUAUUACUGAGAGCCUAUUCUUCAUGAAAGAUUUCUAAGGAAUAACCUUUCUUUCCUGUUUUAUAAAUUCCCAUUGCUACAUGGUUGUAUUUCAGCUACAUGGUAUUUUAUCUUUUAGCUAAACAUUUUUAGUUUUUCAUUUGUUGAAAUUCAACUCAAUAGCAUUUUUUGUCAAUCUUAAUUUCAAGCGAGUGCAGUGUUUGAAUAAUACUUAUAAACCAAAAUAAUCUUUGCAAAAUUCUUCACUUAAAAUUUUUAAAGCCUCUAAAAAGUGUAUUUCACAUGUCUUUCCAUAUUAGUUAUAGUUUUGUGAAAUGGUUGUGUAAUCUUCAAACAUAGUUAAUGUACAAUAUUGUAAAUAAACUGCAUGACUUUUAUAUAGCUUUAAUCAAUGUCAAAGGUAUAGAUGCAAAAUAAAGUAAGUUGCUCAUAAAAAUAAAGAAAACAGGAAAAUGAAAUUCAAAAACCUGUAGAAUGUGAAUAUGAUUCCAUUUACAUAUUGGAUCAGGCAUAAAGUAAAUUUGAAAUAAAAUAUUUUGAUGCUCCACUUUUUUUUAACGUUGCUUUUCAUACUAAAAAAUUGUGAAGACACUUAACUUCUCAACUAUUAAAUAUACAAGUCAUUAAUUUUAUGAAUGUUUUAGAGGAGGAAAUUAUUUCUUUGGCAGAGAUAAUCCAAUAAAUCCUGUAUUAAAUGAUGGUGGCUAUAUCAAAAUAAAACCUGUGUUAUGCUUUUAAAAUUUUAAUCACUUUGCACAUCACAUGGAUUUCAUAUCUUUAUCAAUUAUACUUUUAAAGUUUGUAUUUUGGGUUUGGAUUUUAUUUAAGUUAUUUUCAAUUUCAAUGACUUAUUCGCUUCACUGUUUUAUAUUUUAGUACCAGUUAUCAUUUGGGCUUUCUGCUUUUUCACUUACCUAGGUCUAGGUCCCUUUUACAUACAUACUACUGAGCAUAGGGGCUGAGUAUGAUACCAAAAAAAAGUGGCCUGAGAUUAAUUUCUUUCUGUUCCCUAGUGACAGAAAUCAGGUUCCCCCUAACUUCCUUCCCCCAAAGUGCCUAACUUAGGUCUGAAACAUACCUAUUAUCAGUCUGACUCUCUCAACUGUAAAACAUAAACUGUAUUUAAUUAUUUAGAGCUAAUGAAGCCCUGCUUUCUGCCUUUAAAUACACUCAGGUCUCCCCUUAGCUCCCAAACCAUUUUCUCCAAGUUGUUCUGAGUGAACAUUGUAAAUGGGUGAAGGCACUAACUUCUUUUAUUUAACUUCUUAGUUUUCUCUUAAUCCUUUGCUAACUCGUCCAUCCUUACUAUUAAACUAAAAUCACCCCUUUACAUUUAUUGUGGACUUUCUAGUCAAACCCAAUCUUCAGGUGUUUUUUUUUUAAUGCUAUGUUUUUUGAUUGCUCCCAUUCUUGAAACUAACACUUCUCUAAUGUAUUGAUUCUAUUUGUAUGUUUCAAACCAUUCUCAUUUCAUUUUCCCUCAUUAUUUUUUGCCAUCUUUUAAUGACUAUUAUUUUGACCAUCUUUUUCCUCAAAAUUUCUACUUCUAUGACUACAACAAUCACCUUCCAAAUCCUUUGCAUGCCUGACCUUCACCUAUCUAGUUUCUCAUUUAACUAGUGACCCAGAGAUGACAGUAUUUCAGUGACUCUAUGUAAAAUUCAAAAAUGUUUUCAAAUUUUUAUCAUGUUUUGUUCUCCCCUUGUGCUCAUGUCCCAUUUACUUCAAAAAUUGCCAUGAAUUUCUUCAGAAUCAUCCUUCAGAUAGGCCUCCUUCAAAAAACCAAUCCUGAUUUAUUUUCUUGCUUUUGUAUCUUUUAACCUUGGAAAAUUAUAUAGUGUAAAUUAAAAACAUUUUUCUGUUGGUUUGUGGUUCUGAUAUUCUUUUAGACUGCAUUUAUAGAAUCAACUGAAUGGGAAAAUUUGCUUUUAGUGACUUAGGUUCAAAUAUUUUUGAGUAUUUUUCCUUCAUUCUUUAAACUAAAAAUUCUAUACCUAUUUUCCAUGGAGUUUAAGUCCAAAAAAAUCUAGAAUUUAAAUUAAGUAAAAAAACAAUAGUAGAGAAAGGUCACCUAUGACUACUUUCAGAGAGAGUUAAGUAACCACCAGGAUAAGCCUAAAACAAAGCAUGCUGUAUGUUAAUAAAACUACAAAUACACAUUCAGGUAAAGCAGAAUUAUAGCCAUUUAAAAAAACCUAGAAAGAAUGAAUGAGGCUUUAACUUUUCUUAGGCUGUUGUCCAGUGUAGUUCCUUACAUGGUAAUAAGAUAGGUAUCAAUUCAUUUUUUAAAACUGCUUUCAGACUUAUCCAAAGGACAUAUAAAGAUGUUACAAAUUUUUUUCUGAUGCUUCCAAGAAAAACUUUCCCUUAAAUUAUAUCUUUAAUAGACUGGUCCUCCUAACCAAAUGUAAUACUAUUACAAGCCUCUGUGUGUUGAUAUUACAUGCAUACAGCCCUUUUUUAGACCUUUUUGCCCUUUUUAGACCUUUUUCAUAAGUUUUUAUGUGAUUUCCGAAUAGCCUUGUGAGUCAGACAAAGGAGGAUGAUAGGAUCCUCAUCUUUUAUAAGAGGAAGGAGAGGCAUGAAGAAGUUGAGGGACUUGCUGAAGAUCAUGUAUUUAGUAAAUAGUUUAAUUGAGGCCAGACCUAGUUUUUCUGUCUCUUGUAUCUGUGCUCUAUCAUUUAAAAUAUCCAUUGGAAAGUACUGUUGACACAGGUUAGUACGAUUAAAAAUUAGAGAAGACAUUCACAUAGCUAAUUGUGACAAAAUAAUACUGAUGGACUAAGAUUUUUUUUGGUACCUGAAAUAUUUUAAAUGGGAAAUGAACUCUAAUAAAAUAUUUUGAAGCAUAAUUUAUAGAUUAAUUUUUUUCUGUUACAAUUUAGUACUCUGUGAUCAUUCCAAUAAAGCUCUGACUCUUGUCAUCAGAGUAGACUAUAAAUAAUAGAGAUUAAAGAAUUUGAUCUUUGAAAUGUGACAGUAUGAAAAUACUAAAUACCAGAUAAAUUACUUGAAAUUGCUAAAAUGGUUAUUAUAGUGCAUAACGUAAAUGACUGGUUUUAUGUAUGUGCAGUUUUUCUAUUCCUUUUUUGUUUUUUAGGCCAGUAAGCUAAUUAUUUUCUCUAAAAAUCUAUGACAAGAAAAAAAUUUACUUCAGAUCUUCUGAAUUGUAGUUUGGAAAUGACAUAGUGCAGUGUUAAAAUAGAUAAGAAGUGACUGCCGAAACAACAAAAGUAACCUAGGAGACUUCAAAUGUUAGCCUAGUGAGUCCUUUGUGGUUCUUAGCCUUAUCAUUAUUGCAGUAUAAUUCUGGAUAUUUCAUUGGAGGGCAUGUCCCCAACUCUUGCCCAUAUUAUUUUGUUAGUCUUUUUAAAGUUCCUAAGUAGUUGUUUAUAUAAUGAUUAUAUUUUAUUUAAGAAAAGAGUUUGUUAGCUGCUGGACCCAAACUCAGUCACUGCUAGGUAUAGCUAAUGUUCAUUGAUUACUUACUGUGUCACAUACUGUAAGAAUCUUUUAUGUGCAUUAUCUCACUCCUCAGAACAGUCCUCUAAGGUAGAUACUGUGAUUGCCUCCUAUUUUAUAUCUGAGAAAAUUGAGUUUUAGGGAAGUUAAGAAAUGUGGCUAACCUUAUAAGUAGCAGAUUCGAGAUUCACCCCAAGUCUGUUCGACUCAAGCAUCACUACUCUUACGUUUAGCAUAUUUUCUUUCCAGUCUCUGAAAAUGUAUUAUUUGUAAAAAUAUAGUGGUUGUUGCACUUAAUAUAUAAGAUUUUGAGGUUUUUGAUAACACAGUUGAUCCUAGAACAGCAUGGGGAUGGGCAGUUAGGGGUGCAGACCUCUCACACAGUUGAAAAUCAGCUUAUAAAUAUGGUCCGCUAUCUGCAUAUAGGGAUUCUCAACCAUGAAAUUGACCCUUGAACAACAGGGUUUGAACUGCGCUGGUCAAUUGAAAAACAUCUGUGUAUAAGUAAGCCUGUGCAGGUCAAAUCUGUUCAAUAGUAUUUUCAAAAAUGCUAUUUAGGAUUCUUUGUUAUUUUGUAGAUAUUUGGUAUUAUAAAAAUGUUUAUCUUUGAUUUUUUUUAAAUACUCAUUUGUUAAGAGUUUUUCUUUUACAAGAUGUAAAAUUUUUAAUUUACAUGUCAACCUUUGAUAAGCAGUAUGAAUUGAAUUUCAGGUUAUUAGGUUGUAAGCCAAAGGUUACCGUAAUGUCAUGAUUUUUAGCUCAUAGUGUCUGGAAGCAGCAACUACUUGGCUCAAAUACAACUAAGAAUAAUCAAUUUGAUUUAUUUCAUAAAAUCAUUUUAAAUUAGAUGUUUAUCUUAAAUUAUUUUAAGGAAGAAAUAUGUUUGAGAAGAUGGGGUAAAAAGACAAACAUUAUUUCUUUAAAAAAAUUAUUUUUACAUAAAAAAAUAUAUUUACAAUGUGCUUCAAUCAAAAAUUUUACUUCCAUAUCCCAAAGCUACUUAUUUCAAAGUAAAAAUUUUCACUUGUCAGCUGAAAUUUCUGAUUAGAACUCAUAUUUGUGUAUUUUUGUGCUUAAAAUGUAAAUUUCACAGUGGAUUUUUUUUUUGAAAUUUAUCCUUACUAUGGAUAAAAAGCAAGUGAUACAUUUAUAGUUACUAUUGAGAUUAAAAAUGGUAAUUUCCAUUUUUUUAACUACUAAUAUAAUUGAUUAUGUUUGUAGUUCUUUUUACAUCUGUUUAACAUGGGCUCUAAAUUAAAAAAAAUGUAAUAUGGUCUGUAUUGACCCUAAAAAUAUUUCAUAAACUAACAAAUACAUGGCAAAUUUUUCAUAGCUAUUCUAGAAGGAGAUUGUUCCCUUCUGUUUAAUUACAUUAAAUGAAAUGUGUUUAAGAGAAAUGUUUUCAGCAUAUUUUGUAUACUGAAAAAAAAAAAAAGGAUUAGUAUUGGGCCAAUGGCCAAGAUGUAAUAUUACUACCAUGUAGACUGUUACAGUUCAAAUUAUCCCAUUUCCCCCAGAAUUUUAGAAACUAGAAGUCUGGGAGAUACUGUAUCAGCUGUAGUUGGGUGAUUCUAAGUGCUGUGUAAAUACUAUUCAUCUUCUAAUUGCUUGAGAUGGAACAUAUGCCAACUUGCAAAACAUGCAUAAUUUCAUUAUGUAAUGGUUUGUUUUAGGCAUAAAAUAUCAGCAAACCAUGCCUUCUGUGUUUUGUCUUAUAUUUACUUGUAGAACUAAGAUUUUGGAAAAUGAUUUGAAAUGGUUGCUGAUUUGACCUGCUUGGUCAGAUAUUUGAAUGACGAUGGCAUUACUGGGUAGAUUCUAACCCAUGAUUCUAAUUGUGGAAUAAAGAAUAAUAUAAAACAUGAGACUAUGGGCACUUAUUCUUUGUUUAUAUUAUGUAUUAACCUCUAUCAUAACACACUAGUAAAUUUCCAAGUUGAGCAGUUCUGUAGUUAUACCUAUUGUUGUUCAUGUAACAAAACAUUCUUAUGGUAGUGAAAAUGAAUAGAAGUGCCCCAAAAUGCUAUUUUUAAUUCACUUGUAACUGUUACUCUUGUAAUUGUGUAUGACAAAAUAAAAUUUGUAAAAAUUUUAGCAUGAAAAAUAAAAUUUGUA